UUCUGGGCCAACUGAUCGGAUUCCUUCUAAUAAUUACCUGCCAACAUGUCAGCCGUGGCCCCUUCAGACCCUUCUCAAGCCCCUUCAGCAGCACCCAAGAAGAAGAACAACAAAAAGAAAAAGAGCGGCAAAGCAAAGACCAAUGGGGAUAUCACCAAAGGCCAAGAAAAUGAGAAGGAUACAGCGCCAGAGAAUGGCGAGGGGGACGGGGAGGUUGAAGAGUCGGAACAUUCACCAGUGGAUACCCCGAGGGAAUCCGAAUUCCCAGAAAAGUUAAAGCAGCAGACGAACGGUCAUAGCUAUGAUUCCACAGACAACGGCCACGCCGUCGAGCCUUCGUCACGAACACCUGAGGAAGGACCGCCGGGCAAGCCUAAUAAGUCGGAAGGAAUUGCAACCAGCAAACAAACAGAAUCCAGCGAUGAUACCAGCGUUCGAUUUGAAGCCAUGUCACAAGAACGGGAAGCUCUGAGAGUUGAAGUAGAACGAUUACGAAAAGCGCUGGAGGACAUCCGAGGAAAGCACACGGAGGAGGUAUCUGCGAUCAAGAGCCAACAUGCAGACGCAUUAUCGACUAUUCAGACGACAUACAGCGAAGAAAUUAUCACAAUCAAAGGCCAACACUCGGAAGAGUUGUCUAUAAUUAAAACUGAGUUAGAAGAAAGCGAAUCUGCUAAGGAUCAGGCGGAGACCCAAUACCAGAACUUACUCGGCCGCGUCAAUACCAUAAAAUCGAGUCUGGGCGAACGCUUGAAAGCAGAUAGAGCGGAGCUUCAGGAAGCCAAGGAGCAGAUUGACGAACUUGAGUCACAAAAUGAAACCCUCCAACAGCGAUUAAAAGGCCUAGAGGGAGAUGUCAAGCAAUUAGAAGAAGAAUCACGAGAAUCUUCAAAAGAACUUUCUAGUCUUCGGAAUCGACACAAUCUUUCACAGCAAAAUUGGGUUCAUGAACGAGAGGACCUGAUCCAACAGACUAGGCAAUUGAAGGAGGAAGCGGAAGCUGCGAAAGAGGCAAUGGGGGACUGGGAAGUCCUUGCAAUGGAAGAGAGGUCAAUGCGUGAAGGUGCAAUAGAAAAGAUGCGGGAUUUGGAAGAACAAUUUUCUGCCCAGAAGGAAGCCUACGAAGCAGCGGUAUCCGAGAGAGAUAGUCAAGCACAGGCUCUUGAAGGGUUGCAAAGAGCUCUCCAAGAAGUGCAAGAAGCCCGCAAACGAGAAUUACGGGAAAUGGUCGAGUCUUACGAAGAACAAGUCGUUGCUCUGAAAAAGCUUGUUCAAGAAUCAGAUUCUCGAGCCGUGGAAGCAGAAGCAACCAAAGGGUCCUUGCAAACAGAAGUGGACCGACUCAUCCCUUUUGAAAAGGAAAUCAAGGAGAAGAAUCUCCUCAUCGGAAAAUUAAGGCAUGAAGCAAUUGUGCUCAAUGACCACCUCACGAAAGCCUUGAGAUUUCUCAAGAAGGCUAAGCCAGAGGACAACGUUGACAGGCAAAUCGUCACGAACCAUUUCUUGCACUUCCUCGCCCUCGACCGCUCAGAUCCCAAGAAAUUCCAGAUCCUGCAAUUAAUUGCAGCGCUCCUCAACUGGACAGACGAACAGAAAGAGCAAGCAGGUCUUGCAAGACCAGGUGCGUCAAACAGUAGUUUACGCUUACCCAUGUCACCAUUCCAUCGUACACCCAGUACACCUUCGUUGUCAACCGAGUUCUUUACUGAGUCUCCAGCGAACAAGGAGUCAUUGGCCGAAUUGUGGACAGGGUUCCUUGAAAGGAGUGCAGAGGAAGGCUCCACAACGGGGAGCCGAAGUGGCAGUGUAAGUAGUGCGGCGCCACGGCCGGAGACGAGAGGUGGUGAAGGGAGUUCUAGAGGGUCAUAGAAUUGAUUCGUGUACUACAACAAACAUUGCGUCUGGCGUUUGGGUGAAAAGGCGAUUGGCUUUACGCCUCGCAAACAUCUACUGGCAAUUUUGCAUUUUAUACCAGAAGGUUGGACCUUCAUCAUAAUUGCAUCAUUCUAUCCUCAAGAUCUCAUCUGGAUCAUGAGAAGUUUAUCAAAUUGUGCUGUGAUUCGAAGGACGCCUUAAUCUUGCUAGGUAGCAAAUUUCGGGAGUUGUACAAUCUGUCACUGUUAGUUG